AUGUUCGGCUGCCGCUUCGUCAAGAACGAGGCGCUGGACGCCAUCGCGCAGUCGACGUCGGUGCGCGCGCUCACGAUGGGCUGCAAUAAGACCACCGACGCGGCCGUCGCGCAGCUCCGCCAGGCCAGGCCCGACAUCGACCUCACCGUCCAGAUGCUCUCCUCGCUCCACAAGAAGCGCAACCAAAAGGAACUACGCAGCUCUUCGUCCUCUUCAUCAUCGUCUGGCCGCAAGUAA